CCGAACCAAGGUCCCGGGAGCUUUCCAAUCCAACAGGUGCUGCCUCCUCCAGUCAAUUCCACCUCCUCCUCCACCCCCGCCUCCGGUCGAGCUCCCCUCCCCUCCCCGCCUCCGGUCCAAUCCUCGCCCGAACCCUAGCCCCGGGCCUCCCGCCCGCCGCGGGAUGCGCCGCCCGCCACCCCCAGCUGCCCGCUGAUCCUCCGGUCGCCGCAGCGAGCUCCUCGCCCACCGGCAUGAGCCGCUACUACGCGCCCUUUCGCGGCGCUGCCAGCGGGGACGGCGGAGGCUGCCUGCCGCUUCCUAUCAUCGCCGCCGAGGCCGCGCUAGCUGUCGUCGACGCAGCCAUUGCUGCCACCGCCUUCGUGCAGUUAGCGAGAAUUCACAGGCACAAUCAGCAACAUGGAUGGACUCGGCAAAAGAUAUUCCAUUUUAUGAUUGGCCUAUGCAACAUAGUAUUCCUUGCGUAUUUCGUAUCUACCGUCAUCGCUACUUGUGAGAAAUGGGUUUGUUGGGUACAUGGAUGCGGAUUUGUUUUGAUGGCUAGUCCGCAGAUAUUGCUUCUUGCUUCGUUUCUACUACUGUUGUCAUUCUGGGUUGACCUGUGUCAUCAGACAAAUGAUGAAGAUGAAGAUGAUGUAAGGAGUCACCAAGAAGCUUUACUAGACAGAACAAAAACCAAACCUGGCACCCGCCCUACUGAUGCCCGUCGGAAGUGUUUCCCAGGAAUACAGCUUGGAAGCCGGCAAAAAUUCGUGAUUCUGGUGCUUGUACUGUCAUUUAUUGUUAUGCUCGCCUUUGCGAUCCUCAUCUGGGUUGGUAGGGGAGAAAAUCCUAUUGAUUCAUCGCUACUGAAAAAGGUUUAUUUGGAUGUAUUUUCAGUAGUUGUUCUAGUACUUGGCGCUGCUUUGGCAUGUUAUGGUGCAUUAUUGUUCUCGAAGAUGAGCAAAGUACGUUCUGAAACCGUGUCAACUGAGAAGUGGAAGGUUGCCAGUUUAGCUGCUGUCUCACUUAUCUGUUUCUCGUCUUCUGCUAUACUAGCACUUGUUACUAAUAUUCCAGUGCUUUUGUAUUGGUACUCCACUGAGGCGGAGAUCAUAAAAAAUGCUGUUAUAUUAUUUUUAUAUUAUUUAAUAGGCUCAUCGGUACCAUCAGGAUUUGUUUUAUGGGUCAUGAGAGAUAUGCCUCAACGACCAACGGUGGAAAGGCCCACCCAAUCGAGAGUGGUUACCUUGUUCAGGGACAGACCAUCCCCUACACAGGAUCCACAGUGGAGAGCUGCUGUUACAUCCUCUAACAAGGCCCUCAAGUCAAGCCCAAUUUAACCUGAAGAGAAACACAAGUAAGGCAAGUAAGGUAAUGCUGAGACUUUUCCAGCAUACGUGAUGCGCUGGGACUUUUACCAACACAUCAGUGACAUACUGGCAUCUACUACCAUUCUGACUGACUGGCCGGUACAAGAUGGGGUCUGUAAUUCCUACUCCAAGGUAGCUUUAGUUUGGAAACAAUGGAAUUUUACCUGUGGAUGUAGCAAGGUUCCCGCCCAAGCAUUGCGCAUCGUGUGUUUAUCCAUUAGAGCUUUGGUCGGGCAAGGCCUGGAUCAGUAACAAAUGUAAAUAGGCAUAGAAAUGACCGCGCUCUUCAUGGUUUGGCGGUCAGGCUGUUAUGUCUUCCCAAAAUUUUCUGUUUAAUGAUGUGUUGUUGGUUCGGUUAGCUGGUGAGUUCUGUCCUGGAAACUGAAAUCGAGCAUCAAAAGAGAUUUUUUACCCUGCUA